UUCACUCUCCUGGAAAUCCAUCCAGAUCCACUAACUUCUGACACCAUGGUCAACUCCUGUUGUGGCUCCGUGUGCUCUGACCAGGGCUGUGGUCAAGACCUCUGCCAGGAGACCUGCUGCCCUCCCAGCUGCUGCAGACCCCUGUGCUGCCAGUCUGUGUGCUGCCAGCCCACCUGCUGCCGCCCCAGCUGCUGUCAGACCACCUGCUGCAGGACCACCUGCUGCCGCCCCAGCUGCUGCAUCUCCAGUUGCUGCCGCCCCAGCUGCUGUGUGUCCAGCUGCUGCAGACCCCAGUGCUGCCAGUCUGUGUGCUGUCAGCCCACCUGCUGCCGCCCCAGCUGCUGUCAGACCACCUGCUGCAGGACCACCUGCUGCCGCCCCAGCUGCUGCAUCUCCAGUUGCUGCCGGCCCAGCUGCUGUGUGUCCAGCUGCUGCAGACCACAGUGCUGCCAGUCUGUGUGCUGUCAGCCCACCUGCUGCCGCCCCAGCUGCUGUCAGACCACCUGCUGCAGGACCACCUGCUGCCGCCCCAGCUGCUGCAUCUCCAGCUGCUGCCCCGCCUCUUGCUGAGAAUCCUGCUGCUGCCGUCCCUGCUGCUGCCUGUGUCCAGUCUGUGGCCAAGUCUCCUGCCACACCACUUGCUAUCGCCCAACCUGUGUCAUCUCCACCUGCCCCCGCCCCAUGUGCUGUGCCUCCUCUUGCUGCUAAAUCUGCUUGAACACACCACUUCAUUAUCACCUCCUUUCCUACAGAUGAAGGCUCUGCUUUAAAACAUGUGGAGUGUUCAAGAGAAUUGAUCUGUGUCCCAUAAGCAAACCUCAUCCUUAGGACAUCUGUAUUUGCACUCUGCCUUUUGUCCAAACUCCCUGCCUUCCAGAUGAAUUCAUUGACAGUCUCCUAAUAAAUCUACAAAUUUCUCUCCAGCAUCCUCCCACAUCUUUGACUUCAGGACAUUUAUUCAUCAUGCCUACAGAAUUUGAAGAUUGCCUCCAUCAUCUGUAGGGCCACAGAUCUUAACGCCUUCAACCGCGAAGUCCAGUGAAGUCUCUUAAAGUCUUUUGCAAAUAUUUUUGUACCUUGUCGUUUCCAUGUACCAAAAUAAACCUCCAUUCUAUUGGCACUAAAAAUUGAA